ACAGAUGACCUAAUUUGAGUGGAUUAGUAGAGAGAAGUUAGUAGGAAAUCCGGACUGCAGGUUUAAUGGAGUGCUUGGAGGCUGACGGGAGUGUUUCAAACUUUUGCAUUUCUAUUUUGUUUUCUUUUACUUUUCCCCCCGUCUCUCGUGUCCUAGCCCUCUCCUUACUCUCCCUGUUUUUUUUCCCGCCUCCACAACUCCACCCUCUACCCGCUCUCUACUUCAGUAGUCUUUGCCGGUAAUCACCAACAUCUACCACCGGCUUUCUCUCUCUCUCUUAUCCUGUUCUUUUCAUCUUCUUCUACCAGACGUUGCUACAGUACUGCUGCAAAUCUUACACAUUCGGCGACAACACCACGGACCAGAUAAGAUUGGAAGGGUGGGAGACUGGAUGGGUAAAGGAUUAAGAUACAACACCCUGUCGUUGUUGUGUCUGUGUCACGUAUGGAUCCGAAACGGCCGAAACCGCUUAAGAUUCACUUUGUCUCCUCGACCGAUUCUCCUGAGUUCAACCGGCUGAAUUGGGCUUUGAAUCGUUCUUCAGUAAUAGGACUCGACGCCGAAUGGAAGCCUAUUCGCACUCAACAGUCAUCUUUCCCCACCGUUUCACUUCUCCAAAUCGCUUGUCGAAUCAACGAUGACGGUGCAGAGGAGACCAAUUCGUUGGUUUUCCUACUCGACCUGUUAGCGCUACCUCUCCCUUCGGUAUGGGAGCUGUUACGGGACAUGUUUGUGUCUCCUGAUAUUUUGAAGCUAGGGUUUAGGUUCAAACAGGAUUUGAUCUACUUGUCCUCUACUUUCAAUUCUCAUGGCUGCGCUACGGGCUUCGAUAGGGUUGAGCCCUUUUUGGAUAUUACAAGCAUUUACCAUUACCUGCAACACAAGCAACCAGGAAAGAAAUUACCAAAGGAAACCAAAAGCUUGGCAGCCAUAUGUGAAGAAGUGCUUGGUGUUUCACUUUCAAAGGAACUCCAAUGUAGUGAUUGGUCAUGCCGCCCCCUUACAGAAGAGCAGAAACUGUAUGCAGCUGCAGAUGCAUACUACCUAUUGGAAAUAUUUGAUGUCUUUCAGGGAAGCGUUGUUGAAGGAAGUUCUUUGCACAACAUAACUGAAUUGCGGUAUCCAAAUACAGCACUUGGACUGAAAGAGGUCCUUCAGAAGCCUGAUGUUGUUGAUAAUGUUUUAAGGACAAAUUUUCGUGAGGCAUCAGAUAUCAUCAGAUCUAUUGCUAUUUCAGAGAUACAUCUACAAAAUCAUACAGCAGUGGCAUCUAUUUCUAGGUCAUGUAAUACCAAUCCUCUAGAUGAAUCACUAUCAAAGAUCGUCAGGAAAUAUGGUGAAAAGAUCUUGUUGAAGGAUUCUGAAAGAAAACCUAGAAUGACUAGAAAAAAAGGGAAACGACAUUCCAGAUCAAAUUUAAGUUGCAGAGAUAAAAGAGUUGAAAAUAACAGUGAUUGGCAAGGUCCCCCACCAUGGGAUAUAUCCCUGGGGGGUGAUGGAUGCCCCAAGUUUCUGUGUGAUGUUAUGGUAGAAGGUUUAGCAAAACACUUGAGAUGCGUUGGGAUAGAUGCUGCAACUCCAGCUUCAAAAAAGCCUGAACCAAGGCAAUUAAUAGAUCAAGCAUACAAGGAAAAGAGAGUGCUCUUGACACGAGAUACUAAGCUGCUGAGGCAUGGAUAUUUGAUAAAGAAUCAAAUCUAUAGAGUAAACAGUCUUCUGAAGAAUGAGCAGUUGCUCGAGGUGAUCGAAACUUUCCAAUUGAAGAUCUCCGAGGAUCAGCUAAUGUCAAGGUGCACCAAAUGCAAUGGGAGGUUCAUUCAGAAGCCACUAACGACGGAAGAAGCCAUUGCAGCUGCAAAGGGAUUCCAAGUAAUUCCUAGUUGCCUUUUUGACCGGAAUUUAGAGUUUUGGCAGUGCACAGACUGCAACCAGCUUUAUUGGGAGGGAACACAAUACCACAACGCGGUUCAGAAAUUCAUUAACAUUUGCAAAUUGAACGAGUAGUCUAGCUGAGAGAGAGAGGCGUACACGUAAAGUGGUGUUUGUUUUGUCAAGCACCAUCGUCAAAUCCCACGUUUGUUGAGACUUCAUGAUCCCUGAAGCAAUUUCCGCCUGGGUGUAACAAUAUUUGUAAAUUGUAUCUCAAUUUUACAUGUAUGAAAAGAAAUUGAAUCAUCAAGGAAUUUGAUAUUCUAUACGGCGGGGGUGCUGGCUGGUCCAUAUAAAGCCGGACGAGGGGAAGCUGUCAAUGUUGGAAGCCUCAGAAUCUGAGUGUUUGUUUUGGAUCCAUCA